AUGGAAUCUGACGCCAUUUCGCAACUCAAAACGCUCCUCGGCACGGCCCGCGACCUCCGGGAGAAUCUCUCCCGUGCCGACCGUCUCCAACUCGGCGGAUUAGCUGAGGCACUCAGGAACGAGUUGGAGAGGCCGGACGAGGCGUUGUUUCGAGUAACGUUUAAUGAGCCCUCACAUUAUCUUGGCAUUCGUCUAGCGAUACAAUGGGGAGUAUUCGACGCUCUAGGCGACGUUGGCGAGCCGGGAAAGUCCAGUGCGCAGCUUGCUGAGAACACCGGGGCAGAUCCACGAUUAGUUGCUCGCUUCCUGCGCCAUCUCGCGGCGAACGGUACGAUUCGUGAAGUUGAUCUCGAUACAUACGCAAGCACGCGACUCUCAGCUUCAUGCAGACAAAAAUUCUAUAAAGAUGCUGUAGGGUUCAUGUUCGAUGACUUCUACAAUGUGGGAUGGAAGCUUCCGUCCUUCCUCGACACGAUCUCUCAUCGCAAUCCCGCUGACAUCAACAAUGGACCGUUCCAGCAUGCAUACAACCUUCCUGGGAAAUCCCUGUACACAUACUUUGGCGAAAACACAGCGAUGGCGCAGCGCUUUGGUGGCAUGAUCCAGCUGUACAAUGCUGGCAAACCUUUCUUCUGGGAGGAUGGCUAUUAUCCCAUCAAGGAGCGACUGGUUGACAGCGGACCAAAGUCGGAUGAAGACGUCUUGCUCAUUGACAUUGGAGGUGGUGACGCUGGAGAUUUGGGCCUACUAAGGAAGGCUCUCGGUUCAGAAGUCAAGGGGCGGCUUAUCCUGCAAGAGUUAAAGCACAUUAUCGACAGGAGUGACCAAGACGGGUAUGAAGCCCAGGUUGGCGAUUGGAAUCAAGUGCAGCCCAUAAAAGGAGCAAGGGCGUAUAUGCUACAACAUAUUCUACACGACUUCAGCAGCGAUGACGAGUGUCGUCGUAUCCUGCGCAACAUCAUUCCUGCCAUGACGCCCGGCUACUCCAAACUGCUGAUCAAGGAGCUGCUCAUACCGGAUCGAAAUGCACCAUCGGCGUUCACGGCCAUGGACGUGAACGUCAUACAGUCUCUCUCUGGUCAAGAGCGAACCGAGUCACAAUUCCGCAAUCUGCUAGAGUCGGUUGGGUUCAAGAUUGAGGGUAUCUGGGGCCAUCAAAACGCGUUAGAUGUAGUCAUCGAAGCCUCUCUAUCAUAG